UCCUGCUGGGACUUUCUCCCCUCCCCUCCCCCGCUCAGGAAAUUCCGCUCCCUUUCGCUUUCGCUCAGCCUGGGAAUUGCUAUAAAGGGAGCCCAGCCUGUGGGUGCCAGUGCCGCAGCAGAACACAGCUCAGCCCUGGCUCCGGCUUCGCUCAUCCUCCCUCCACAGCAGCAUGAAGGUCUCCGUGGCCGCCCUCGCCGUCCUCGCCAGCGCGGCCUUCUGCUCCCUGGCCUCCUCCGCCCCACUGGGAUUGGACAGACAGACCUCCUGCUGCUUCUCCCACUCGGCCCGCCCCAUCCCACGCAGAAUGGUGCUGGGUUACUACGACACCAGCGGCAAGUGCACCCUGCCUGCUAUCGUGCUGAUUACGAAGAAAGGCCGGCCCAUCUGUGCUGACCCCGGCGAGGCCUGGGUCCAAGGGCUACGUGACCAGCUGGAUCGGAACUGAGCCGCACGGGGCCCGAACUCGCUGCCUCGGUGUGCUAUGGUUACCCCAGGCCGCCCCGUCGUGCCGGUGUGGGGGCAAGCAGGCGAUUCCUGCCCCAAGGAGCUGGCCAGCUGAGGGCAACGUUCAGCCGACCCCGGAGAGACCCCCAUCCAGCCGACACAAGCAAGGCUUCUGCUGCUAACCCCCUUGCCACAGAACAGGCGCACGCUGGACCUGUGCCACAGCCUGGGAAGCUACUUAAGACGUGUCGCGGGCGCCACCGUUUUUUAUCGCUAGUUCUAUUUAUGGGAGGCAUCCAGGUGGUCACACGACCGCCCCUGCAUCCCUGGGACAGACACAAACCAGCAGGCGGCGGAAUGUGUUUGGGUCUCGGUGCUGCAGUAUUAGGGGACGCGCGGGGGUUGGAAAA